AUGAGCGAGAAGGAGUCGCGUGCUGUGGACUCCUUUUCGGAACUACCUUUCAUCCGGCCGGCGCCCAAGCUCGCCUCCUCCGGCAUCCGCCUCUUCGGCAUCCAAGUCCCUCGCCCGCCCUCCCCUGAAGAAGGCAGCGAGGAUGCAACUGCAGCUGCGCUGGCCACCAGCAAAGGUGGAGGAGAGAGUAGCGGCAGUAGUGGCGGAACAGCCGCCAGGAAGUUCGAGUGCCACUACUGUUGCCGCCAAUUCCCGACGUCGCAAGCGCUCGGUGGCCACCAGAAUGCCCACAAGCGGGAGCGCCAGCACGCGAAGCGCGUGAAUCUCCAUUCCGCCGUUCUGGCUGCCGCCUACCAGAACCAGGCCGCCGCUUUCUACCGCGGCCAUGGUCACCAUCUCUACGGCGGCCACGGCCACCAUCUCUACGGCGCCUUCUUCAACUCCCCGACCGGACGCUUCGCCCUAGAUUCCUCCGUCGCCGCUCCGAGGCACUACACUCCCUCGUGGCAUACGGCCGCCAGUAGCUUCUCCAGCCAUCGCACGUCCGAGUCGGUGGCGCACCCCAGCGACGGACAGUUGCCGGGCCUGUGGAGGGUUCCGGCCUCCUUAGGGUUGAUCCAUUGCGACUCCAGAGAGAAAAUUUUACCCACUCUAAGAAGAGAUCACCAGCAAUUAAUCACGGGAGUUGGCGGAGCCCCCGGCGACGACAGCACUUUUCCUUGUGCUAACGCUUCUCCUUCAGCCGACCAAUUUGUGCAGCAAACGAUGCCGAGUGUGAAGGAGAAGCUUGCCGAAUGA